UGUGUUGAAUUCAUUCGAUUUUUGACUUUGACUAUUUGUAGGUGCUAACGGCCAGUUGCAUAAAUUACUUAUAUCCAUGGAGGUGCUCGAGAAUAACACAUUGACAUCAUGUGUAACUAAAUUUUCGGGAUUCGAUAGUGGCGCUUGUCUUGUGACCGGCUUGAAGCAGCAGUAGUGUCUAAAACAACUAUCUCAUCUGGCGCUUGCACACAUUCGUAAUUUUCCUCAUCCUCAGCUAGAUUAAAUUGCAACUUGUUGAGAGGCACAAGUUUUUCUUGCUUGAUGAUUUCGCAUGGCAGAAAAGUAGCUGCGGUUGGAGAAAUGAAUAAGUCGAAAAGUACAAAUAAGCAUCAAUUAGAAAUUCUGGUAAACCUAAUGCAAAGCCAUGCUGAAAUCGCGCGAGGUUUUUACAAAGGCGGUAAAGAACCACUGAAUAGAUUUUGGCGCAAAGUUGAGAAAGAACUCAAUUCAGCGGGGCCACCAUCAAAAUGUAUUGCCGAAUGGAAGAAGGUGUGGGCUGAUCAAAAGAAGUACGUGCGACACAAAGCAGCCAGUAACCUUAGACAUAGUAGGGGAACUGGAGGAGGCCCUAAUAUCGAAUACAAGUUUUCUGCAACAGAAAGGGCAAUAUUCGAGUUGAUAGGGAUGAAGGAAUCCGUGGAAGGUGUGGCGAAGACAUUUGGGCUGACAUCUUCGAUUAAUGUUGAACGAGUGGAAGAAAACCUUGAUUUCUUGAUGAAUGAGAGUGGUGUAGUGAAUGAAAUUGUAUUGAAGAAUGAGUGUGUCGCGAUGAAUGAGGACCCAAUGGAUUGUGUGUUUCUGAUUGACGAAGAGGAGCCUACUUACCAGCCAUCUUCAAAAGCAGUUAAGCCUACUUCCUCGAAAAAAGUGUUGACAAAACAUUCUCCUCCUGAAAUUCUCGUGGAAGAGGUUGCAAUUCAUCGCGAGCUAUGCGACACCAUCAAGGGUGCAGUUUCGGAAUCCAAAGAACAGCAAGAAAACGUAAAAAAAAUUUAUAGAGCGAUCGACAGUAUGCAGGUAGUCCAGAAAAAGCAUUUUAAAGAAAUGGAAAAAUUAAAGAGGGAAGAAAUUGACGAAAUGAAAAGGCAUAAUCUGAUCAUGGAAGAACUCAUGCUUCGCCAAUUAGAGAAGUAAAUGGAAAUGCAUAGUACAAAUAGAAUAAGAAUAACUGAAUUUGUGAUGUUUUUAUUUUUUAAUGUACAUAUAUUAACUCUUUUUU